GGCUUACAUUCAACCAAACUCCUCUUGGUUGAAUAGGUUUCAUAAAUGAACGUCACAGCUCCUCGUGUCGAUGCCUGUGGCCGGGCACAAGGCCUUAGCCGCAGCGGUCGCGUAGCACCUCUUGCUAUUCGCAGUCGUAGCCGGAGAUGCACUGUCAGUAUCGCAGCAGUUGCGGCGCCAGAGAAGACUGCGUCUGAUUACCAGCGCCCCGAUGCAACCGGUCGCUUUGGGAAGUUUGGUGGCAAGUAUGUGCCGGAGACGCUAAUUCCAGCUCUGGAGCAACUGGAGAUUGAUUACAAGGCUGCUAUCGCGGACCCAGCGUUCAAGGCUGAGAUGGACGCUAUCCUCAAGGACUACGUUGGUCGUGAGACGCCCUUAUACCAUGCAGUGCGUCUAUCGGAGCAGUACACAACUGCGGACGGCGGCAAAGCGGAAAUCUACCUAAAGCGGGAGGAUCUGAACCACACGGGCGCCCACAAAAUUAACAAUUCGCUGGGACAGGCGCUGCUAUGCAAGCGGUUGGGAAAGAAGCGUAUCAUUGCGGAGACGGGCGCUGGACAGCACGGCGUGGCGACGGCAACCGUCUGCGCCCGCCUGGGCCUCAAGUGCAUUGUGUACAUGGGUGCUAAGGACAUGGAGCGCCAGGCCCUGAACGUGUUCCGCAUGCGUCUGUGCGGUGCUGAGGUGCGCCCUGUGCACAGCGGCACAGCGACGCUGAAGGAUGCUACUAGCGAGGCCAUUCGCGACUGGGUCACCAAUGUGGAGACGACGCACUACAUCCUGGGCUCAGCCGCUGGGCCGCAUCCGUACCCCAUGAUGGUGCGCGAGUUCCAGUCGGUCAUCGGGCGCGAGACGCGGCAGCAAUGCAUGGAGAAGUGGGGCGGGCUGCCGGACGUUGUAAUGGCGUGCGUGGGCGGCGGCUCCAACGCCAUCGGCAUCUUUCACGAGUUCAUUGAUGAGCCCACCGUGCGGCUGGUGGGUGUGGAGGCGGGUGGCGAGGGCGUGGACACCAACAAGCACGCCGCCACGCUGACCAAGGGCUCCCCCGGCGUGCUGCACGGCAGCUACAGCUACCUACUGCAGGAUGAUGAUGGCCAGAUCAUUGACCCACACUCCGUCAGUGCGGGCCUGGACUACCCAGGCAUUGGCCCCGAGCACUCCUUCCUGAAGGACGUGGGCCGUGCCGAGUACCACGCCAUCACGGACUCGGAGGCGCUGGAGGGCUUCCAGCUGCUAAGCAGGUUGGAAGGCAUCAUCCCGGCGCUGGAGACCAGCCACGCCAUCGCCUACCUGCCCAAGCUGGUGUCCACGCUCAAGAACGGCACGCGUGUGGUGAUCAACUGCUCAGGCCGUGGCGACAAGGACGUCAACAACGCCAUGAAGUACCUGGAUAUGUAAGGGUGGCAUGUAGUUGAAUGAUGGUUGUGGGGUUGUGGGUGGUUGAGGAGUGGGGGACGAGGAGUACAGUGAAGCGCAGUAGCGGAGGGGGCUUCGUAGAGAAGGGUUGGGCGGUAUUAACGGAUGAGGUGUGGGGCCUGCGUGCGGGCGAGCGCGCAAAUUGGCAAGAGUGUGGACGGCCGUUGGCUGCAAAGCUUAAGGCCGUCCUGCGAUGGGUGGGCGCUUAGACUUGCUAAGCUGUGUCAUGCCAACAACGGCAACAGGUGACCAGAUUUCCUUUGGCUAGUACCAAGAGUGGAGAGCGAGAGUGGCCCUCACGGACCCUAGCUUAGUGUUUCGGAGGCUCCAAGGAAGAACGGUUGCUUUCAAUAAAAUUGCAUAUUGACAUAUGCCUUUAUUCAAAAAGCUGUGUUACGCACUUAGACGUCGUCUCCUAUUUUUGUAAAAAGACGAGGCGCGCAUGCAAUUUCCCAAGGCGACAUAAGCGAGCGACUAACAUUUGUUCAGCCCUUCUCUGUAUGCUUUUGGCAUAUGUAAUACGCAGCACUGGAUUGGUAUCCCUCGUUUCUGGUCGGAAAAGGGAUAGCCGCCAGCGGUUAACCAGCCCAAGCCCCGAAUGCUGCCGUCUUCGCCAAUUUAAAGCAGCUACUAGCCCAAUUUUACCAACUGGUUACAACUGUCGACGCAGCCAGACAGUUGGCGCUUUUGCGCCAGACGGCAUUGGCGAACAUGGCGGAGGAUGGGAUGCUGACGAGCUUGGAAGAGCCUUACAAGUACCUCCGCCAGCUGCACGGGCUUUGGCCAGAGCUUUGCAGGAGGUUGGCCGGUUGCCCCAAGGGGUUACAGCACAGGAUGUUGGAAAGCGAUGUCGCAUCCUUCAGCAGGACCUUGGGCUUAACUCAACACAGGUCGCCCGUAUGCUUUCCCUCCAGCCCAAGCUGCUUUCCUGCCCCACAGCAACCCUCCGCGCCUGCGCCGUGCAGCUCGCUGCCGGGCUCAGCAGCAACGCCGCAGUGCCAGCUGCGGCGGCUCGAAGCGGGAGGGCCUCCUCGGCGCCUGCCAUGCAGCCGAGGCCCCAGAGCUACGGACCGGCAGGGGGAGGCAGCCAAAGCAGCCGAACUAACCAACCAACAGCGGCGGCUGAGAUGCCGUCUCCUAGAGUCCGCAGUCCUGAUCCGCGGCUUUUGCAGCCGGUGCCCAGGAGGGUACGGCAGGAGGACCUCCAGGAGACGACCAUGGCGGGGCCGACUGCAGGGGACAACAUGGACGCAGCACCUCAGGCACGGCACGCUCCUGCCCAGCGGCGGGCAGGCAGCGACGGCGGCGGCGGCAGCAGCAAGGUCCCUGGCUCGGACACCUCUGCCGCCGUCUCAGCGGCGGAGGCCAUAGCCAUCAUCGCCCGGCAGCCAGCGCUGCUGGGGCUCUCACUGGAGCGGCUGUGCGCCCUGUGUCACGAGAUGGCCCGGCUGCUGGGUACGACACCGUACGAAGCCUGCAUGUGCCUCACGCGCCUGCGGCCUCACGAGCUGGAGCAGGUGCUGCAGGCUCCGCUGCCCAAGAUGCGCAACGUGUGGCGGGGGCUGGUGGCGGCGCUGGCCUCCCUGGAGCAGCUGCAGAACGGGCCCGGGCAGCAGAUGCAGCACUCACCCGUGGUUGCUACCUCGGCCACCGGAAUGCCUUCUGACGAUGGGGAUGACGGUGGUGGUCCUGGGGAGCGGCAGGAGCAGGUACAGCAGCAGCAGAGGCAGGGGCAGCAGCAGCAACAUGUGGGGCAGUUUGGCCAGGUGGCACGACCGCAGCCGGCCUUCCGGCCCAAUCUCUCGCCCAUCUCCACACGUGGCCCCGAAUGCGCCGUACAGCGCAUGGUGCUACUGUGCCCUCAGUUACUGUUCAUGCCGCCCGAUGGGGUGCGCGCAUCCGCACGUCACCUUGGCGCCUUGCUGCGCCUUCCCUUCCCCCGCCUGCGCCACCUCCUGGUGCGCAGUCCCCGGCUGCUGCUGCUGCCUCCGCGCCACCGCAUCCAAACCAUGCGCGCGCUCACAGCGGAGCUGGGACUGCGUGACCCACAUCACGCAGCGCGGCU